AUGGACGAACUUAUAAUACCAGUUGGUGAACUUGAUAAAGUAUCUGCAGCAGGAACCGUUUUCGUUUAUCAUGGUGUAAAACAUUCUCAUUCGUACGUUUCUCAAGCUUGUACAGUUAAUAUAGUGAAGAAAAUUUUUCCUGAUUGUACAAGUGGUCAUAAUAUUAGUUGUGGAAAGACGAAAUCACAUGAAAUUUGUUGUAAUGUUUUAGGAGUUAAACGUGGUCUUAUUGGUUUCAUCGAACAAGCAACAGAAACUGCCAUUGGCAUAAAAAAUAUGUUAAAAGGUGUAUUAACUGAAAAUGACGUUGAUUUGAAAAAAAUAGUUAGUCUUGGAGCUAAUAAUACCAAUAUGAACUACGGCUGUAAUCAUUCUGUAUAUUUUUUUCAAUCACAUGAUGGCCAAUGUGUCUUAUAUUUUCUACAAAAUAUAUUGUUCGAUUUACAAAGAAGUAAUUUACAAUUACAAAGAACAAAUACUACAAUAGUAGAUUUACUUCGAAUAAUUGGUUCAUUAGUAACUAGUCUUCAACGUCGUAUUGAUACAAAUUAUUUCGGUUUUAAAUCGAAACAAAUAUUAAAUGAAUUACCAAAAGAGAAGAAAGAUGCUUUAAGCAAAUCAUUUCUAACAUAUAUACAAAGGAUUAUUCAAUAUAUAACAAAUUAUUUUGAUCAAAAUCGUGAGUUAUAUGAAGCAGUUUCAUUUUUAAGUAAGACAGAUAUUGAUAAUAUUGAAUUUGAUUGUUUAAUUAAUUGUAUUUUUGCUCUGAUAGUUGAUGGAGUUGAACUUGAUUUAUUAUUUAUUGAUUAUAAUGAAAUAUUAAGCACAUUGAAAAUUAUUAAACGUAGUGGUCGGUCAUUACGUGAUUUAACCCUAGUACUACCAAGCGGGGUCAAAAAUGACCCCACUGUAGAAAACUGA